AUGGCGGACUUCAUCAUGCCUCGGAUCGCAUGUCAGGAUAUAGACGCGCUAUCUUCGGACAAAGAGACCAAGCCCCUACGCGAGUCAUGCCACGAAACCAUUUAUCUGGAUACUCUUUGGUGUCUGCAAUGUUUUCGCUUCCAAGUCAGCAAUUGGAAUGAUGAUAGAUACCCCUUUUAUGUGAUGUGGGGAAUUGAAGCCGGCUCGCCACAAAAGUGUUGCGAUUGCAAAGAAGCCGGCUACAAAUAUCCCGCAGGGUAUUCGGGCCAUGUCUUUGAACUGAUGGCCUUGAUCGAAUUCGCGAAAAGAUACUGGACCGACAACGGCGGUAUCGGCGGUGUACCCAUGCAUGUACGGGCCCGGUGUGAAGAUGUCCCCGAGGAACAUUUCCCCGCGUUAUUUGAGCUCUUUACUGCCUUUGAUGACCUAGUCGAGACCCAUAUGAAGGCCCAUAUGCUGACAGGCAAUGUCUCUAACAUUCUAGACUCUACCAAGCGCAAAUGA